UGUCGAUCAGACGAACUAAAGUCUCUGGGAUCACUGAUUCUAACCUCCAAAUACGAUGCCAGUUCUGUAUGUUAGUUCUGUAGGCCAGUUCUGUAUAGUUAUUUUACGAAGUACUUGAUAUAAGUUUUAAAGAUGUUUGCUCGAUUGGUUAGUAACAUUGUUAAUGCAUUGCCAGGUAACAAAUGGGUUAUGGGUUGCAAUGGGUUCACUCGAUUUUUGAAUUUAGCACUUGGACCACCGAAUCAGUGUCAACGAAAUUUUGCAUCUAAAUCAAAAUUCUUUUAUAUGACAAAACCGAGGUAUAAUUUUCCAAGACCUUCCGAAUACAAACGCGUUACGAGACUUGGGUGGCAUGCAAGAAUGUCAACGCCUGAAGGUAGAAGAAUUCUUAUGAGAAGAAUAUUAAAAGGCAAACAUGUAUUGAGUCAUUAACGUUAUUGCCAUUGUGUAUUUAAUAUUAUACAAUAUUAAUAAAGAUUAUGAUCAAGCUUGCAACGAAA